UUUCGUAAUACUUAUUAAAUCCAAAGCUAAAUACACUAAAUCUUUUCACGACAUAAGAAAUUAAAAAAUGUCGAUAAAUAUUUGGAUAUAUUAUGAUGACGUUUGUUUGACAGGCGACCUUUUAGAAACUAGAGCACAGAACAUGAAUAAUCUCACAGAAUACAGCCAGACCACAUAACCGUGAACCAGACUACCAGAGGUAAUAACAGUACAAGAUUUUGAAAACAUACACACACCUUUUGGUCACGCUCUCAAACAUGUAAUUAAAUUGUUGUUUAAACUCAAGUGAAAAUUAAAACAAUAUAUUAUUUGGCAAGUGAAAACCCAAACCACGACAAAUGAACCAGUGACAGGAAAAAUCCGACACGCUACCAUUCUUUAGAUUUCCGUAGUUACUAACAAAAACUGGUCAACUGCGAGUUGGACUCGUGACACUAAGAGUUCCGUACACAUCAGCUGAAGAAAAAGAAAUCGGUUAGAUAAUAAUAAAUUUGGGCGACCCAUAUUUAUUCGACACUCAACAAUUUUAUGAACGUCACCUCGAUCUUAUUUAUUUAUUUAGAGUUUUUAAGGCUCGUUAAAUAAAUUGAUCACCUGUGAAACUGUUUCGCUAUCACGGGUUACGAGAUAAAAUCGGCUGGAGACAACCGGACAGCAGUGCGUGACUAAAAUGGUUACAUUGUCCGGAAAAACAAGCACUAUUUGAUUAACACUAAAAUUAUUUCGAUGCGAAAAUCAACUUAAAAUGGGUUGAGCAUUAAAUCGAAACGCUAGUGGGUCGUGACGGGUAGUACUCGUCACUCAAUGGACAAUAAUUAAACAACCUGUCAAAAAGGUCAACUUCGCACGGACAGACAGAUUAAUAAACAGUUUCUCUACACUAUUGAUAGUUGACAAUUGACAUGUCACUGACAUAAUGUUUACGUUUGGGCUAAGCUGCAGUAAUUACAGUGUAUAGUUUGAAUAAAGAUAAAUCAGUUUUGUAGUGAAAUAAAUAUGAAAUAAUCUAAUGAUUCGUGUAAACUUGAUUUUACAAUAAUAUAUAUAAAAUAUGUAUGAAUUUGACAUGUAUGAUGACUAUGCAAUUGCAGAGGUUGUCCCUGAUCAUAUUUUGGAGAACAUUUUUUCCUAUCUCUGUUUAAAAGAUCUCCGAAAUUGUGCUUUGGUAUGUAAAAGCUGGUACAGAAUUCUCAGUGAUGAAAAUAAUGAUGUUUGGCGACUGCAUUGUGUUAAAAGAUUGGUUGAAGAAGUUAUGAAAUCAGAUUUACUUUCAACUGUUACUACAUACAAAUCAAAAUUAAGAGCUUUUUACCAUGCAUGGAAUCCACACGAUUGUUCAAGAAACAUAUAUGUCAAACUUAAUGGAUUCACAUUACACAGGAAUCCUGUAGCUCAAAGUACUGAUGCAUGCAGAGGAAAGGUUGGGUUUCAUCAUGGAAGGCAUGCUUGGGAGGUGAUAUGGGAAGGGCCUUUAGGUACUGUAGCUGUAGUAGGUAUAUCAACUAAAGAUGCACCCUUACAAUGUCAUGGAUAUGUUGGGCUGUUAGGGUCUGAUGAACAAAGCUGGGGGUGGAAUUUAGUUGAUAAUCAUUUAUUGCAUAAUGGAGAUACACAAGGACACUACCCUCUACUAAAUAACUGUCCUAAAUACCAGGUAGGUGAGCGCAUUCGAGUGAUCUUAGACUGUGAGGACAACACUUUAUCAUUUGAAAGAAAUUAUGAAUUUUUAGGAGUUGCAUUCAGAGGCCUUCCGAACAAGAAACUGUUUCCAACAGUUUCAGCUGUGUAUGGUAACACUGAAGUAUCCAUGGUAUAUUUGGGUCCACCCGUGGAUGGCUGAUAGUGAAUGAGUAUGUCUAGAAAACUAACAAUUCCUAGUCAAAAUGCAAUAAUGUGAUAUAAUUUACUGUUACGAGGCUAUUAUUAUUUUAAUAUUUAUUGUGACAUGAAAAAAAAUAUGGUAAAUUUUGGGUUUUCCAGAUUUGUACAUGAACUACUGUAGGAAGUAUGAAGGAUUGCAAUGAAAACUGGGAUACUUUUAUGACUAUCAUUUAUAAUACUAUUUGUUUCAGUUUAAUUCAAGUAUCUUGAUAUACAUAUGCAAUACUCAAGUUAAUCAGAAGGGGCUUCCUGAUCACUGCUGGUGUCAUAUUCUCAGCAUACUUCAUUUACUUGGUAUGUGUCCAGUCAUCAUUUUAAAUUAAUCCUACCAAAUCUGUAGACUGUGACUAUAUUUUCCUUUUAUGUUUGAAUGUUAAAUUACAUGAGUGACAUUAUAAGAUCGAAACUUCAAUACUUUAGUACUAUGAUUUACUGGAAUACCUAUAAAUUUGCCAUUUUUCUACUAACAAAAUAAAUUACAAUAUUUACAUAAUUCAGUAUUUUAAACUGAAUUAUUUGUGUGUGUAUCGUCUAAUGCUUACACUUUGUUUGCUAAGCACUGUCAACUAACACUAGACACUAAUGCUGGUUCUAAAUGAUAAGGGCGUUUUUACAAUUUGUUUAAAGUAUAAGAUAAUUAUAAUCAUGAAAAUUUUACACUAUUACCCAUGGGUAUUUUAAAUAAAAUGUGAUCUAAAACCCGUCGCUUCUAAUGACUCUUCCUUUUUUCCUUUCAUGGAUUUACUUUAAAAUAGUAUAAUAAUUGCAAUGAUGAAGACUGGAACUGCAAAACUGUAUGUGUCUAUGUGUGUAUGUCGGAAUGUUGUCAAUUUUUGUAAUAUCGCCGCUAUACUUUCCAGCAGUGUGAUAAAAUCACAUUUUAUUUAGAGUACCUACAUCAUAUAAAGUAUUUUUUAUUUGGAAAAAAAAUCGUGGUUAACGUGGAUGUAAAUAAAUACCUGCGAAAGAGGUAAUUUUUUUUAAGAAUAAUAUAAAUUGAAUCUCUAUAAGUUUAAGGCGCUUUGACCACUUGUAAACAUUAUCUGUAAAUUAUGUACAAAAUCGAAUUAAGUACUUUUAUUUAAAUCCACGCUAAAAAAACAUGUUUUUUGACUAAAAUUUAUUUAACUCAAAGACCCCAAUGGCCUUGGCUUGACCACAAAGAUACACUUAAAUAAGUAUCUGUCUUAAGUUGCCAACAAGCGAUCGGACGCAGAUAAUUCGCAGUUUGUAUGUAUUAUAUCUUUGAAUUAAAACAAUACGAAGGCUCUAACGUCACACCCACGACUGACCAUCAAUUUGUGAACCUGUGUGGUUACGAAACUGCGAGGCAUACGUUCCACGUCCUAUAGUUUGUUUGCAACAUGAAGCCCGUGUCUAAAGGCUGAUUAAUUUUAUCUGUUGACAAAUCUAGUGAUCAUUAUUGAUUUUUGUUGAUUAACCAUUCAGAAAGGGUAGGUACUAUUAUAAUAUUUUUGCUAGCGCAAUAACACAUGCCAACAAUAGAAUUAUUUUAUUUCAAUGUCUUCAAUAAAACAAUUUAGAAAACUUUUAAUACUGACAAUAUGUUGAACCAUAGUUAGUUAAAACUUAACGUAUAUGCUUACCUACAGUAAUUUUAAGUUAGGAAAUAAAUAUCUAAUUUUAUGUUAAUUUUACACUGUUACAUAGCUGAAUAUUAUAAGGCCAGUGCAAUAAAACCAGUUUUUACAAGUUG